UUUCCUCGUUCUCUUUCUUGUUUUUUUUUUCUUUUUUUUUUUGUAGAAAAAUAAUUUAUUACUACUAUUUGCUUCAUUUUCUUCUGCAAUAAUUUCAACUUUUGUAGCAGAGGAUUCUUAGUUUAGUGAUAAUUAGUAUGGGUUAAGGGGUUAUGAGGGGUAGAGAGAGAGAGAGAGAGAGAGAGAGAGAGAGGUGCUGGUGGAAUGUUUUGAUGUUUAUUGGUGAAGAUUGGAUUUUUCAAAUGAUACAGCAGCUAUUGGCUUUAGUAGUGUUCCUGACAGAAGUAAUGGGUUGCUCUCAUCAGGUUAUUUUAAUUUUUGUAAGAAAUGUGGGGAAUAAAUGUGGUCUACAUCAUCUCCUUUUCUCAGCUCUAUUCUUUUUACAAAACUAACCCAUUUCUUUCAUCUUUUUCUCUUGAAUCAUGGCAGCUCGGCACUUCAUAGCUGUAAGCACAUAAAGGAGACUACUUUUUAAAGCAUCCAAUAGGCCACUCUUUAUUUUUAGCUCUCCAGACAUGAAGGCCCAUGCUUUUGAUUUCUUUUAAGUAUGCUUCUUGAGACAAGGUAUGGUAUCCAUUAAGUUAGGCAUCAAGAACAGACAUGAAAAAGGGGAAAAAAAAUGUACUGCUGGGAUUAUCAUAUAACUUUGUCUUUACAUUUUCUAUUGGGGUAUAAAGCUAGCUACAUGGUUUAAAUUAUUCAUUGCAAAGUGUGGGUGUCUUGUUUUUCCAUGGCAGCUAAGCUAUAGGAUCUCAAGUCUCAGAUAAUGUGUGCUUCUACUUCUCAGGACCAAAACCAAAUGCCUUCCACCUACUACUACUACUUCUCAUAAUAAGAUAUAGAGCUCACAUUUUCUCUGAAACUCGUUAAAGUUGGAUCUUCAUCUGUAAAAUCAUUUUUGGUCAGGACCACUGGCAAUCGACAAAUGAGCAAGGAUAUCUAUCUCUUAGAGAAACAACUGCUGAACAGCAAGUCUGGUAGAGCAUUUCACACAGUCGGAAGAAGUUUCAAUAAAGAACACAACAGGACUAUGAGCCAAUUUAGUUCUGAAAGAUCAAAGCCAUGGAACAUAUACACAAGUUCAGACCCUACCCCAUCUGAGACUGGAGUCAUCGACCAUGAAACUCCAUGGAAAAGUUUUGGAACAUCAAUGAAUGCCAUUGCCUUUGGAUUUGUUGCUACAGCUAUAUUAAUAGCAAUGUUCCUGAUCAUGGCGAUUUUCGAACAUCUGUUUAGGCCAAACCCUUCUUUUUCUUUGCCUCAAGAAAUGAUCAACCGGUCUCUGGAAUCAGGACCAGUUGACAAACUUGGAAAUCCACGGACAGUGACAACAACAUCAUAUGUAUCCGAUUUUUCAGUAGUGAUGCCUGGACAGCACUAUCCUACUUGCAUUGCUCAACCAGCUCCUCUUCCAUGCCCAAGGGAAGGGAUUUAUCGGCCUUCCCAUGAACAUAGCAAUCUUAUAUUCCCUUAACGAUAUAUACAAUAUACUUGCAUUUUGGUGUACCAGAAGGUUGUUGUUUUGAUAGUAUAAUACAGAAUGGCACAUCACUUCUAUACUCA